AUGGAAUUAGCUAGAUAUUUCAAGGGUAUUUUACAACGUGGUGUUGGACCAUCCAUCAGAACAUUAUAUUAUACAGGUGAAUUGAAGUAUGGUAACGUCAUCGGAAAAGAUGUAUUCGGAAACAGUUACUUUGAAAAUCUAAAUGAACCACAUGGUAGACACAGAUGGGUAGAAUAUGCCGAUCCAGCCAAACCAGAGGCUACUACCGUUCCACCAGAAUGGUUUAGCAGAGAUAGAUUAGAUGAUAGCAGAUUGCAUUCAUGGUUACAUCAUAUUUCAGAUAAGCAUGGAAACUCACAAGAUAUGAUUUCAUUUACUCCACAAUACAAGAGAGACCAUCUUUCUAAUCCAACAGGUACUGACGGUGCUUACACACCACCAAACUAUUUGUAUAACAUUGAAAAAGCAAAGGAUGCUUAUGAAGAACAAGUAGCUGCUCAAAAGAAGAAUUAA